CAGUCAUGCCUUUGGGUGGGCGGAGCCUCAAUCCUCCUCUCUUCCCCCAGCUAGCCCCUUCCUCGGAAGUAGACGGUCCGUCUAUAUUCCGUUCUUUUAUUUUUGUAUUUUUGUAACCCCUUUUCCCCACCACAUAGCACUAUGGACGCAAAUAUGGACGACUAAACCAAAGAACGGGUCCACGAUUUCACCCCUAUAUUUAUCCUUGAAUUGAGUGGACCGGAGGAAAUCCAACUGUGGUUUUCUCCGCUUUGCAGGGGAGGUAGCUGUAUCCAGUGGGGAGGUAGGCUUAACCAGGGGAAAGAAUGAAGUUCUUCGAACCCUGGGGACGCCAGAAGCUGUCUUUUCUUCUGGAAAAGGCCGCUUCUAGGGAAACUAAGAUGUGGAAGGUCUAUGUGCCAAAGAAGCCCUCCUCACAGGAUAUAGACAUCACCCCUGCCCAGCGAGAUGAGGCCGUGCGCUGGUUGACAGAGCUCCACAGCAGCCUGCAGCUGUACCCGGAGACCCUGGUGUUAGCUGUUAGCAUCCUGGACCGCUUCCUUGCUUCCAUCAAGGCCCGUCCAAAGUACCUGCGCUGUAUAGCUAUCGCCUGCUUCUUCCUGGCUGCUAAGACCUGCGAGGAGGAUGAGCGUGUGCCCUCCCUGAAAGAGAUGGCUGCCUCCAGCAGCUGUGGCUGUUCUCCAUCAGAGAUCCUGAGGAUGGAGAGGAUCAUCCUGGACAAACUGAACUGGGAUCUGCACACCGCCACAGCACUGGACUUCCUGCACAUCUUUCAUGCGAUGGUGUUAUCAUGUCGUUCUGGGUUUUUGAACUCCAUGUUGGGACUGAACCGCUCUCAGCACCUCACUCUGCUCACGUGGCAACUCUACAACUGUCUGGCUGACCACACACUCAUACAGCUGAGAGGAUCCAUGCUGGCUUUGGCCCUAAUCACCCUGGAGCUGGAGACCUGCUGUCCUGACUGGCUGGCUCUUACCAUUGACCUGCUGAGGAAGGCACAGAUCGACAGCUCUGAGUUGAUUCGGAGUCGAGAGCUCGUGGCUCGUAGUCUGUCCACACGGAGAUCUUCCCUGCCUCCAAACACUGUCUACAUCUACCAACCCCUUCAGAGCCAAACCACCCUGCAGCCUCCAGACCAGGACCCCACACUCCCCUGCUGCACAAUGGGGAUCAUCACCUCCACCACUGAGACUUCCGGUGACCAUGCCCUUGUCACCGCCAUCCCUGCCCAGCUACAGACACCUGCUGAUGGGGAAGACGGGAGCCAGCAGCCCUGGAGCACCAUCUCCUCCACCAACAGCAGCAUCCCAGUUCUACUCUCUCCACCCAAACACCACCAUCUUAACCACCUGCAGAAGGUCACACUGCGUUGCAAAGCAUCCACCAAGCGCAAGGUGGAUGAAAUGGAGGUGGAUGACUUCUACGAUGCCAUCAAACGCCUCUACAAUGAAGAUGUCACCACCUCCGCCGCUGUCCAGGAGGGGGGAACAUCUUUGAUGGGGGCGAUAACAACAAGUGGAGGAGGAGGAGGAGGAGGAGGAGGAGGUGAUGAAGGUCUGGGUGUCUGCAGCGUCCUGUUGUCCCGACAGGAAGGCAGUUCUUCUCCCUGCCCGCCACUGCAGCCAGUCCGUGCCUCCUAGAGACCAAACCGAAACCCGUUUGCCAAAACCACCUUCCCAGUGACAUCAUCUUUCACUUUUAAAUUAAAGGUGCGAAGAUCCAAGAAAUGUGAACAUCAACAACUCCUCAGUCCCUCCCCCAUUUCCGCUAAAUCCCAAAACGGUCUCCUAAGCUCUCCCCCCCACAAGGCUAGCGCCGUGCAAAAGAGAGCGGGGGGGGGAAACCUGUGUGCAGCUCGAGCGCGGGGAAGGGGGAGGGGAGGACGCUAUGAGCACACGCAUGGAUUGGACAAAAUUCUUCUUUACAUCACUGCUUUCAAUUAAACGUACAGUAAAGGAAUAAGUAUGUUAUAAUACAAAUAAAGCAGUGAUACAGAUGAUGUCAGUGGUGAAGAUGGUUUUGCUCAGUUUUUGUUCAGCUGUCCUGAGGUCAGGUGCCAUCAUCCCCUGCAACAGGAAGUCAGAGCCCCAAAAAAAUGUAAACAUUCAAAAAAA